AUGGCGGACGUGCUGGCGUACCUGCCGUACGUGGUGCCGGCGCUGGCGGACAAGGACCAUGGCGCCGACGGGCACCUGGCGGCGCUGGAAACGCUCUGCGUCGCGCUGCCCUACGCCUACCCGGACCUUCUCAUCGACGUCGAUAAGGUCGGCUGCUUCGUGACGCGCCUCCCGGCCCUCGUCUCUGCCGCCGGCGCCGACCAGGGCAACAUGGCCGUCCUGGCCGCGCAGGCCAUCGCCGGGGUCGUCGAGCAGCUGCCGGAGUGGGCGGAGAGCUUCGAGAAGAACGGCGCCGUUCAGGCGCUCCGGGACCGCAUGCUCGCCGUCGACAACAUGGAGCUCGCCGAGAAGUGCCUGUUAGCUCUGAAGCUAAUAUGCGAGGAAUGCCCGCACCAGUGCCUCCGCCACGGCGUCGCCGCGGCCGUGCUGCAGUUCUUCGACUUCUUCCCCACCAAUGAGCAGAAAGUGGCGCUCAAGAUCGUCGCCGAAAUCGUCGAAGAAUGCGACGAGGCGGACGUGCCCAAGGCUAUGGAGGCCGCUCCAGCGCUCUGCAACCUCCUGCAGUCAUCUGACAAUACGAUACAAAAGUCGGCCCUUUCUUGCCUGUGUAUGAUCGCCUCCAAUGCUCACGGCAAGGCAGAACACAUGGAUAUGCUUUGCGAGUUGAAGGUGGUCGACACGGCCAUGAGGAUGCUGGAGAAGGAUGGGUGGAAGACCAUCGGUGAUGAGAAUUUAACUGGCAUCCUUGGGCUGCUAAAAAAUAUUUCUUCAGCCUCAGCAAAGGCUGUGAAGUCCCUUUUCGACUUGGGAGUUUGCGAUUUGCUCAAGCAGAUGAUAACUUAUUACAGCUCCUCGCAGAGUAACAGUGACAAGUUGCAGAUGCUUGUGGAGCUCAUCAAUCAGCUUAUGCGGCCUCUUGAGACAUCCGACGCUCUAAAGAAUGCCAUCGUAGAACAAAAUCCAUACCUUGACCAGCUUUCUAGCAUUGUGACACUUCUAAUACAGGUUGCAAAAUGUGGUGCACUAUCAUCAGUUUGCUACACAUGCAUUGUCCUCAUCGGCAACAUUGUUGAAGUAAGCACACCUGCUUUCCUGAUUGAGUUACAGAAGACUGCAAAUCUCUCGAGCUUUCUUAUGUGCUUGUUGGCUCGGAAGAAGCGCCAUGUCGUGUUCGAAACGCUCAAAAUUUCAAAGAGCCUCCUGAAAAAACAGCAUCAGUUUUUCUUUGAGAGCUUUGACAAGGAGGGUGUGAAGCAUGCGAUUGAUGCCAUACAAGCACAAGAAAAAGAUAGAAACUCCAAUCACAAGUUGAAAAUGAAAAACAAGAUGCAAGAACAUUGUGUUUGCUUCAAUUUAGACUCAGAUGCAUCUUCGACAGAUAGGUGCAAGAUUGAGAAUAAUGCUAUCCUGAAUCUAGCAGAAGAGAUAAAGAAAAGCUUCUCUGUGGUGAAAGCAAGUAACAAAUCUCCAUACAGGUUGGGAUGCUUUACUACAUUCGUCAAAGGAUAUUUUGCUAAGUUGAAUGGCCAUACAAUGACAACCCCCACACAGAAUUUGGAUCGAUGCAGAGAGUUGUCUGAAGUUUCGAGGAGAUUAUUAUCGGAUAAACUUCCAAGUACCUCUACUUUUGUGUUUGCGAAGAGCGGAUCAGCCAAAGAUUUAUCAGAUUAUCUCUGCAAUGUGGCAUACUUGAAACCAAAUCUCAAUAAUCGCCAGUACUUAUUAGAGCGGGCUAAGGAGGUGCAAUGUCGACUGCAGAAAUUUGCUCAUUUGGCUCUCGAGAUGUCCAAUGAAAGCUCUGUGAAGCCCCUUGAGAUUUUGGUGGAGAAGCUCCUAGACUCUCUGCACAUGUCUUAUGACAGUUUUCCUGUCAUAUUAUCUCAUCAUAAACAGUCUACUCGUGAGAGCACGAUGAUUCCUCUGAGGCAUUCAGGAAUCGAGGAUUCAGAAUCACUGCAUAUAAAAUUUGUGAAGGCACGCAGAGAGAAAGAGUUGCAAGGUUAUGGCGGUGUUCUCCCUAUUCCUAUUUCUUCAAAGCCAGAUGCAAUUGAAGCAGACCUUUGGCCUAAUAUUUGCUCUCCACGGAAUCGGCAGGGAUCCUCAAGAUUGAUGUUCUCUUACAAAGGCAUACAACUCAAGUCAUCUGCAACGAUUUUUGAGUCACUUGUCCAUUUAAUGAACGAGGGAAAAUCUGAUAUAACGCUUGACCAAUCUUUCUGGAAAGAAGUACACAGAAUAUCGUAUAAGAGAAACAAAAACAAGAAAAUCUCUACUUUGAGCUCCUCUGAUGCUCGGUUAUCUGCUGUGCAUGAAAAGCUUGAACAAUCACUGCCGAAGGACCCAUUUUUCAGUGCCAUGUUCCUUGGGAAGCUUCCUGGUGAUGUGGAUGAAUCUGAUCCAUCCUACAACUUGUUGUUCACGCUGAAAAUUCUUGAAGGGCUUAACCGUUUUUCAUACCAACUGUCAAUGGAUGAGAAGAUACGCUUAUUUGCAGAAAGCUGCCUACGAGAUUUGGAUGAUAUUAAGGUGACAAUCUCUCCAAUCCCACAGCAUCAGUUCACAAGUAUCCUUCUGACCAGUAAGCUGGAGCUGCAAAUGCAAGAGAGCUUGUUUGAGGUUGGGCUGGUACCCUCAUGGUGUGUCUAUCUGGUGGAAACUUGCCCCUUCUUAUUCUCCUUCAAUGCACGGUGGAAGUACUUCUGCCUGACUCUGCAUCGCUCAUUCAUGGGAGAUGACACAAGUGAUCCAGAUUCACCAAACGAGGAAGAUGAGGCAAGUGAUGCUUCAAACGAGGCUGCUAAUAAAACCAAGAAGUACAAAGUAACACGAGGUAACAUUCUUGAAAGUGCUAUAUCAAUGAUGGCCAAACAUGGGUCAAGCACCAAAACCAUUGAGGUGGCAUUUGAAGGAGAGGCUGGGACUGGGCGAGGCCCAACCAUCGAAUUUUACUCUACAGUUAGCCAUGAGCUUCAGAGGUUUGGGCUUGGGAUGUGGAGAGGUGAUAAUGCUAGAAAAGCAGAAGGAGAAACUGGAUUCGUUCAUUCUAGUUUUGGGCUCUUUCCACAGCCAUGGUCCUCAGAGGUCACUUCAUCAAGAGGGAUCGAAUUCUCUGACGUGGUACAGAAAUUCAAGCUUCUUGGACAUAUUGUAGCGAGAGCGGUUCUCGAUGGAAGGAUCUUGGACAUCUCGCUCUCAAAAGCAUUCUACAAGAUCAUUCUUGGACAGGAGCUUGAUAUCUACGACAUCCCAUCAUUUGAUCCUGAGCUGGGCAAGACUGUAGUAGAGUUUCAAGCCCUGGCUAAAAGGAAGAAGUUCUUGGAGUCAUCUUCAGAAACGACAUCCAAUCCCUCUGCAGAUUUGUCAUAUAAAAAUGUGAGAUUGGAAGAUCUGUGCCUUGAUUUUACUCUUCCUGGAAACCCAGAAUAUGAGCUUGUUCCUGGAGGCUCAGACAAGAUGGUCACACUUGAGAGUUUGGAGGAGUAUGUAUAUUUGAUAGUUGAUGCAACCUUGAAGAGUGGGAUUGCCAAACAGAUAGAAGCUUUCAAGUCUGCAUUUAACGAGGUUUUUGCUCUUAAGACCCUUAGAAUGUUCAACGAGGAGGAGAUGGAGCGCAUACUUUGUGGUGAACAUGAUGCUUGGGCUUCAAGCAAACUUGCAGAUCACAUCGAGUUUGAUCAUGGCUAUGAUGCACACAGUCCACCAGUUGUUAACUUCCUGGAGAUCCUAAGGGAGUUCGGAAGAGAAGAGCAGCGGGCGUUCAUCCAAUUCUCGACUGGUGCUCCUACGCUCCCACUUGGCGGCCUAGCUUCACUCAAUCCAAAGCUCACCGUUGUGCGAAAGCAAUGUGAUGGCUGUGUCGAUGGUGAACUGCCAAGUGUCAAUACCUGCAGGCACUUCAUCAAGCUUCCUCCUUACUCCUCCAAGGAGAUAAUGAGAGAGAAGCUCAAAUACGCUCUGGCCGAGGGUCUAGGCUCCUUCCAUUUGUCAUGA